AUGGAUGGUGUUUAUAUUUUGAGGACAUUUACAUCCUGGUACAGUAUUACCCUUUCCACUGGAAAUGAACAAUAUAGUCAGGAUAGUUCCGAGGUAUUUUCAGAGUUUAAGGAGUUUGUAAGCGGAUACGGCACGAAACAACUCUGGAUCGACCGUUCAACAUGCCAUAUCACAGAGUCUUUGGUAUCUUUAACAGAUGAGGAACCGAUUGAACAAACCUCGAUAAACGCAUUCCUGGGAGUUGUUGAGGUUUUAAAUACAUACCAUUUGGCAGUAGUUGUACAGUCUGAACUAGUAACUGAGUUAGAUUUGCCCAACCUGUCACUGGACAAAGCAGAGAGAGGAAGGAUUUAUACCAUAAAACAGGCUAGAUUCUUCCCAAUUAACUCUAGCAGUUUUGUUUACACACCAAUGAAUUUAGUUAACGUGACCAACUUUGGCAACUUAAGCAACUUUACCAACCUUAAGAAUUUUGGUAAUGUGGGAAAUCUGGGCAAUAUUGCUGUAUCAGGCUGCGGUGAACAAGUUGAACUGACAACCGAAGUUUAUAGAAUCAUAGAAAACCUAGAAAAAAUACUCUCAACUGGUUAUUUUUACUCAUUUGAUACUGAUUUAACACGUUCAUUGCAAAACCUAUAUUCACACAAAUACUUUCCAAUUAACAAAUCAAACCCAGUACUUAAUACUAAAAGCAGUGAUGAUAGCAAUAAGGAUAAAAGUAGUAAUGAGAUAUUAUAUAAUAUCAGUGAUGAAGAAUAUAAUUGGUGUUAUAACAUGAGUAAGAAUAUCCCAAAGGGAUGGACGACUGUAUUAAUACAGGGUUUUGUAGGAUAUAUUACUAGUGAAGUGGAUGGAGAUUUUGUUGAGAUUUUGUUAAUUGGUAGACGUAACGUCAAGAGAUCUGGUACAAGGUUUGUAGCCAGAGGUAUUGAUGAGCAAGGAAAUACUGCUAAUUCUGUUGAAACUGAAAUGAGAGUUCGGAUUAAUUUUAAAGAUUGGUAUUCGUAUGUUCAAUGUAGAGGAUCAGUGCCCAUAUUUUGGGAACAGUUGAACUUUACCGCGCCUGUGAAUUUGUAUAAUCAUCACCUUAACAUUGAUGCAUUUUCAAACCACAUAAACCAGCUGAAAGAACGCUACGAACCACUGGAACUUGUACUAUUCAUUAACCUUUUGGACAUUAAAGAUAAUGAAAGAAUACUGACAAACUCCUUCCAGAACUUGGUACAACAAUAUAGCAGAAAUAAUCCUGUUAAGAGUGAUAAUGGUAGUGGUGAUGUGGGUGGCAUGGUAAAAUUGGUGAUGGAGAAUUAUAAUUAUAAUGUUAACGCCAAGUGGUGUACAAAUGACGUUCUAAUUGAUUACAUCAGUGAAAAUUUAUUAACACAUUUAAACACAAUUUCAUACUUCCAUGAGACGUAUGGCCAUAAAAAUGAUGGUGAUUCGGGUGAUAGGAAAGUGGAAUUACAAAAGGGAGUUGUAAGAACAAACUGUUUGGAUUGUUUAGAUCGAACUAAUAUUUUUCAAUACGUUCUAUCAUGGGUCAUUUUCAACAAUAUUCUACAAAAUCAUACCAAAAGAGGAUUUGAAACUGGUAACAAAGUUAGUUCUGUUGACCAGAGUCAACAAUUGAUUACCCCUAUCAAUAAUAGUGGUAUGGAUGAGGAUUCUGAGUUGGAGAAUAAUGAUUUGUUGAAUAAGUUUACACAAUUAUGGUGUGAUCAUGGAGAUUAUAUAAGUAUUCAUUAUUCAGGGACACAGUCAACUCUAUCAGAAAGAGUUAAACAGAAUAAUACUAGCAUUAAUUCACUCCUUCAUUAUGGAAAAACUAUGGUACAAAGAGUAUAUAGUUCAGUAUUUCAAGACUCGCAAAGGCAGCAAAUUUAUGAUAUUCUGACUUCAUAUAAUUAUAACGGAGUUGGACGAGAACCACUAAAACGAAGUUUGCUUUAUAGUAAAUAUUACAUACAAGAUCCUUUCAGCCAAGCUGAUAACCCCCAGAAUGAUUCUGGACUUAGUGAUCCUCCCCAGGGUCUGAAUCAGGGUGAAGGUGAUGAAGAGGAUAAUUUAGAGGAUGAAGAUGAAGAAGAUGAAGAAAACAUUGAUGUUGAUCUAGAAGUUAGUAGCAUAUUCGAUCGCUUAAAUGAUAAAAUUAGUAAAAUCACCGGUAAAUCUAAACCUAAACCAGAGUUACUAGAUUUCCAACCAGAUUCAACUGAUGUUAAAGAUGGAGAAUACAAUGAGGAAAUGAUGAGAUUGAACAGUGAUGACUUGAAGGUAUGGUUUGGUAGUUGGAAUAUCGGAGCACAUGUGGUUGAGGUUGAUGAUAAUUUGAUUAAUUGGAUUGAGUUGGACACUUUGCAAUGUGAUUUAUAUGUCUUCAGUUUUCAAGAAUUCGUAGAACUAAACUUCAUAAAUAUCGCUACUGGUAAAAGAGAUGAGAAUAAGGAGAAUGAGUUUGAGAGGUUGAUAGAGAAUGUGUUUGAGAUCGCAACUGACGAGAAGUACUACAAAGUAUCUUCAAUCGCAAUGACGGGACUUUACCUAGUCAUCUAUGCUAAACUCUCCCUCAAACCUCAUAUCAAAGAGUUACUAAACACUAAUGUUAAAACAGGACUUAAUCUCAAUAUCGGAAACAAAGGCUGCGUUGGUAUAAGAUUUAAAAUUUAUGAUCAUCAUAUGUCAUUUUUGAACCUACAUCUUAAUUUUGGUAAGAAUUUGAAUAUUAGUCGUAUUGACUUGAUUGAUUACGUACUGAAGAACUCGUUUAAGGACCAUAACAUAAGUGUUUUGGAGGAUGACUUGUUUGUUCUGGGUGGAGACUUUAACUUUCGAAUUCAGUUGGACAAAGACGUUGUUAUUAACCACUUGAAAAGGCUUGAGUUUGCCAAACUUUUCCAAUACGAUGAGUUCAACAUGUCCAAGAUGAUUGGAAUCCCAGUACUCCAAUACCUUAAUGAACCCAAGAUACAGUUUUUGCCAACAUAUAAGUAUAAGGAUGGAACUAAAUUUUAUACCACUAAAAGAUCACCUGCUUGGUGUGACAGGAUAAUAUAUGGAGGCAAGUUGAACCAGAAGCAAAAGGUACAUGUGCUAAACUAUAAGAGGAAUGAUAACCUAAUCAUGUGUAGUAGUACCAGUAGCUCCAGUACUAGUAGUCUUAAACUCUAUCUUCAUAAUACUACUAUCACUACUACUAAAGAUGGUCUCAUAGCUAUUGCUACAAUCAAAGUCACCAAACAAGGUGGUAGUACUCCAUAUAGUGGUGACAUAAACAGUAUCACCGCUAAUCUCGGCAAAACCGGUACCCAACUCCAGACCAAUAGCCCUCUCAACGGUGGAGACAUACUGAACCUCAAUGGUGAGGCUGCUGUUGCUGGUAGUGCCCCGAUUACAAUUAAAGGUACCAUAAUAGUUACUAAGUCUGGAACUCUUGGAGGCAGCCUAACUCUCAAUGGUCGUCUAGCUGGAAAACUAACCCUCGAAAAUGGCAGUGGUAAUAUCAAGGUAACCAUAGGAACUGGUAAUACUCUCAACGCCACCAAUCCAACUAAUCUUGAACUUGCUGGUAUAAACGUAACUGGUGGUAGUAAUCUUAAAGGUACUGCAACCAUAACAAUUACUACUACCAAACCUACAGAUGAUCUCACAAACAUAACCGGUCCGGUUAACAUAACGAUCAGUAAACUAACCAAAGCUGAUGGUGGUCAACUCCGGGUCAGUACCACUCUCAACCAAGGUGACACUCUAAUCCUUGUUGGUACUGCCACUGCAGGUACUAAGAGGCUCAAUGUAUCUGGUACCAUCAAAAUCACUGGUACUGGCCAACUAUCAAGUCCUCUAACAUUCGGUGGUGAUAUCACCGGCUCCCUAAACCAAUUCACAAAUGCUACUGAUGGUGUCAAAGUCACUGGUAGUGGUACUCUAACCCUCAAUGGUGCUAAACUUCCUGUUCUCAAAAAUACUAACUUUAGUCUCACUAGUGAUAAUAAACGUGCUCUUACAUCUAGACUUGUUACCAAAUCCACUAUCUCUGUAGGAACCAAAACCAAUCCUGGUAAGGUCACUAUCAGUGGACUUACAAUAGUACCUGUAUGUACCACUAUCACUGGUACUAGUAGUAGUAAUGGUUUAAAGGCCGAUCUAACUGAUGUGACCUUCACCCAAACUGCUACUGGUCUCACAAAAUAUACUGGACAGAAUAUCGACCUCAGCACAGGUCUUAGCAAUGCCACUGUUGAGAUCACCAAGGACAAAGUCAAGAAUCUCUCUGGUGGUACUCCACUCCAGACCGGUACCAAUCUCGAUCCCGAUGAUACUCUAAACCUCAAAAUCACUCCACAAAGUGGUACCGGUACCAAACUUGAAGGUAAAAUCCAUGUUAAAAGUGAUGGUAAGAGUCUCGGAAAUAAUCUAAAUCUUGCUGGUGGCAUAGAAACAUCUAUCAACGGGCUCAAUGGCAGUGGCGGAACUCUCACCGGCAGUGUCACUAUCACCAAUAUGAAGUAUGAUCCCAAUGAGUUCCAUGUCAAUCAUCAAUCUGAUAGUUGUGUUUUAGUUCCUUUAAAUUAUAUCUGA